UCACUGCAUGCAGUAAUGGUUCAUGCCUGCAGGCCGGAGCCUCAACAGAAAGCUCCCUUGGUUCCUCCACCGCCACCGCCUCCACCGCCACCACCUCUGCCAGACCCUACUCCCCCAGAGCCAGAGGAGGAGAUCCUGGGAUCAGACGAUGAGGAGCAGGAGGACCCCGCAGACUACUGCAAAGGUGGCUAUCAUCCAGUGAAAAUUGGAGAUCUCUUCAAUGGCCGGUAUCAUGUUAUUAGGAAGCUAGGAUGGGGACACUUCUCUACUGUCUGGCUGUGCUGGGAUAUGCAGGGGAAAAGAUUUGUUGCAAUGAAGGUUGUAAAAAGUGCCCAGCAUUAUACGGAGACAGCCUUGGAUGAGAUAAAAUUGCUCAAAUGUGUUCGAGAAAGUGAUCCCAGUGACCCAAAUAAAGACAUGGUAGUGCAGCUGAUUGAUGACUUCAAGAUUUCAGGCAUGAAUGGAAUACACGUCUGCAUGGUCUUUGAAGUGCUUGGCCACCAUCUCCUCAAGUGGAUCAUCAAAUCCAACUACCAAGGCCUCCCAGUACGUUGUGUGAAGAGUAUCAUUCGACAGGUGCUUCAGGGGUUAGAUUACUUACACAGCAAGUGCAAGAUCAUUCAUACUGACAUAAAGCCGGAAAACAUCUUGAUGUGUGUGGACGAUGCCUAUGUGAGAAGAAUGGCAGCCGAGGCCACUGAGUGGCAGAAAGCGGGCGCUCCUCCUCCUUCUGGAUCUGCAGUGAGCACCGCUCCACAGCAAAAACCUGUAAAUAGGAAAGAUAUCAAAAACAAAAAGAAAAAACUGAAGAAGAAGCAGAAAAGGCAGGCUGAGUUACUGGAAAAGCGCCUGCAGGAAAUAGAAGAAUUGGAGCGAGAAGCUGAAAGGAAAAUAAUAGAAGAAAACGUUACAUCGGCUGUACCUUCCAACGAGCAAGAUGAAUACCACCCAGAGGUGAAGCUAAAAACAGCAGGACUAGACGAGGCAGCGGAGGGAGAGACUGCGAAUAACAACGGUGAGGCUGAGGACCAGGAAGAGAAAGAAGACACCGAGAAAGAAAACACUGAGAAGGAUGAAGAUGAUGUUGAGCAGGAACUGGUGAACAUAGACCCUACUUGGAUAGAAUCACCCAAAACCAAUGGCCAUAUUGAGAAUGGCCCGUUCUUACUGGAACAGCAGCUGGAUGACGAAGAUGAUGAGGAGGAAGAUUGCCCAAAUCCCGAGGAAUAUAACCUUGACGAGCCAAAUGCAGAAAGUGAUUACACAUAUAGCAGCUCCUAUGAACAAUUCAAUGGUGAAUUGCCAAAUGGACGACAUAAAAUCCCUGAGUCACAGUUUCCAGAGUUUUCCACAUCCUUGUUCUCUGGGCCCUUAGAACCUGUGGCUUGUGGCUCUGCGCUUUCUGAGGGAUCCCCACUCACCGAGCACGAGGAAAGCAGUCCAUCCCGUGACAGAAGCAGGACAGUCUCGGCCUCCAGCACUGGGGAUUUGCCAAAAACAAAAACCCGCGCUGCCGACUUGUUGGUGAAUCCCCUGGACCCACGAAACGCAGACAAAAUCAGAGUUAAAAUUGCCGACCUGGGAAAUGCUUGUUGGGUGCAUAAACACUUCACAGAAGACAUCCAGACGCGUCAGUAUAGAUCCAUAGAGGUUUUGAUAGGCGCGGGUUACAGUACACCUGCUGACAUCUGGAGUACGGCGUGCAUGGCAUUUGAGCUGGCAACGGGAGAUUAUUUGUUUGAACCACAUUCUGGGGAAGACUAUUCCAGAGAUGAAGACCACAUAGCCCACAUCAUAGAGCUGCUAGGCAGUAUCCCAAGGCACUUUGCUCUGUCUGGAAAAUAUUCUCGGGAAUUCUUCAAUCGCAGAGAUCACAUAGCAUUGAUCAUUGAACUGCUGGGGAAAGUCCCUCGAAAAUACGCUAUGUUGGGGAAAUAUUCCAAGGAGUUUUUCACCAGAAAAGGAGAGCUGCGGCACAUCACCAAGCUGAAGCCCUGGAGCCUCUUUGAUGUACUCGUGGAAAAGUACGGUUGGCCCCAUGAAGAUGCUGCACAGUUUACAGAUUUCCUGAUCCCGAUGUUAGAAAUGGUUCCCGAAAAACGAGCCUCGGCUGGUGAAUGCCUCCGGCAUCCUUGGUUGAAUUCUUAGCGGAUUCUGCGCACGAGCGUUCUGAGCUGGCACGUGUUGUCCAGUGCAUUGGCCCUAAAGGGGGACUCUCGCUCUUUAACAGGAUUACAAGUGAGCUGGCUUCAUCCUCAGACCUUUAUUUUGCUUUGAGGUACUGUCGUUUGACAUUUUGCUUUUUGUGCACUGUGAUCCUGGGGAAGGGCAGUCUUUUGUCUUCAGCUUAGUAGUUUACUGACCCACUUUCUUCUGGAAACAAUAACAUGUCUCUAAGCAUUGUUUCUUGUGUUGUGUGACAUUCAAAUGUCAAUUUUUUUGAACGAAAAAUACUUUCCUUCUUGUGUUUCGGCAGGUUUUGUAACUAUUUAUGAAGAAAUAUUUUAGCUGAGUACUAUAUAAUUUACAAUCUUAAGAAAUUAUCAAGUUGGAACCAAGAAAUAGCAAGGAAAUGUACAAUUUUAUCUUCCAGCAAAGGGACAUCAUUCCUGUAUUAUAGUGUAUGUAAAUGCACCCUGUAAAUGUUCAUUUCCAUUAAAUAUGGGAUGGGGACUCAAAUUUCAGAAAAGCUACCCAGUCUUGAGUGCUUUGUAGCCUAAGUUGCAUGUAACAGACUUUAACUGCUCCAAGGAGUUGUGCCAACUUUUCAUUCCAUGACAGUCCUUUUGCAUUGGAUUUUAAACAAAGUGGCUCCAGGUUUUGUCAUUCCCUAUAUGGCACUUUAAAGAUAGAAAACACAUGCUUUUUAUUCUAAAAUACAUGAUAGUGUAGCACUCCCAUUCGUAUUUUUGCAUAUUUUUAAUUAAAAAUACUUUUAAGGAAAAAGAGCAGUUUCCCUUUAAAAAUGUGGUGGCCUGGUACCAUGUGGUGUUGCCUCCUCCAAGCACUGUUAAGUUAAACUCUGCAUAGAUUAAAUUGGACAAGAGAAACAUGUUCAGUGUGUGGAAUGAAAAAAAAAUACAUAUAUAUAUGGGGGGGUGGGGGAAGCUCGCUUGUGUUUGUCUAGAACUAAGGUAUGUAUAUGUACAAUUUGCAGCACGGUGGGCAGAACACUAAUAUCUCGGAGGUAAAGGUGAUUGCAUUCAUUCCAGAGACAGGUUUUAUGUGAGGCUACAGCAAAUUUUACUAGCUUUUCCAUUGUCUUUCCACAUACUGAAGCUGAGAAAAUGAUUUUCCCUUUGCAGGUUGCACACAAUUUUGUUUUAUGCAUUUCCUUAAAAUUGUAGAAUCCUGGACACAAACCAUAGUAGGCAAUACAAUUUUAGAACGUAAUAUAUAGAGGUACAUUCAGCCUUUUUUAGAAAUCAGUGGAUUGAAUGUCGGGUUUUUUUUUUUUAAUUUUACAUUCUUCAAGGUGCCUCUGUUUUCUUGACUUCGUCCAUUAACAUUUAUCAAUAUGCCUUUGCAAUAACUAGAUUGUGAAAAGAUAACAAGUAUUGUAACAAGAAUUCAUUGUUUGAGGUGCUUGCAGUUGUAAGAAUUAAAGUGUUUUGGGUUUCUUUCCUCCCCCCCAGAUAUUACCUUGGUCAUUGGCCUAUAUUUGAAGUGACAGAAUCGACAAAAAUUUGCUAUUUUUAGUGUAGUGUCACCAAAACUAAAGGAAAUGUCAACAUUCCUAUUGCAGGAGAUACAGUUGUAGAACCAUUCAUUAAGGUUUAUUGUGAGUAAAUUGUUCGUUGCUUUGUAAGGUGUCGAAGACAGGUCUAGAACAGAUGCUGUCAGAUAGAUGCAUUACCUAGAAUUUCAGUGAUCCUUUUUCAUUCAUGUUUCAUCAAAAGCAUACUAAUUACAUUUUGUUUGAUCAUUGCCAAUUUUUUCUGUUUUCUUUUGACAGUGUUGACUGGGAGGGAACAAGGCACGCAGUCCUCUUAGGAGUUAACAUUAAGUCAUAUCGCUGUGAGGUGGAACAUACUGUUCAUUUAUGACAUGUGCAUGCUCAAUUUUGCUCUUGAGGCUGUAGGUUACCAUGUAGGUUCUGUGGCAGAUGGCGGCUGUAGACCAGUGAUGCCAUCCAGUUUCCACAGGAACCGUCCUCACAAGAACCAGAGUACAUGUAUGUCUUCUCUAAGUCUGUAAGAAUUAUCAGGGUUAUAAGCACACUUGAAUGAAAUUUGUCUAAUGCAGUUUUGGCUCAUGUUCAAAAAUAAUCUAGAUUAUUAUGAAUUAUGUAAGGAUCUGUUGCUUAAGCUAAAAUGGUUAACUAGCUUACAGUAUAAAAGCAAUUGCUCUCGAAGGAAUGUACGUUCAUAUUACUUACAGUACGGUUUUUAGCAGAUUCUUGGUGGCUUGAUGAUGAUGAUUGCGUAGAAGCUAAAUGAGAACAACUGGUUAUGCAGAACACUAUGGCCAGCUCCGUGAUUCUAGUUGAAUGUCCUGUCUUUUCCUUUCUCUAGUCCAUGUGAAGUCUUCAUGGAAAAUGACAAGCAGGGAAUCACGUAUGUGAUUAUAGCAGACUCAUAAGCUGGCUAUCUGGAAAUUAGACAGAACUGUGCCAAGGCAGAGAGAAACAGGAUAUAGGAGCUUCAAAAAAGCAUAAACUUUCUAGGUGAAAACUGAUAUACUAACUUGUUUCUUCCUGUACUUGGAUCAUCCAUAACUAAUUAGGAUAAAGUACCCCUUCUACUUGGGCAGAGAACUUCAGUUUGUAUUUAUAGGUGAAAUUGCUUCUUAAAUUCCACUGUUUUCACCCAUUUUCAGAUUCUGCAGUUUACAGAAAAGCUUCUGUAUACAUUAUUUAUGUAGUGGGCAAAUCUAAAAGUAUGAGGAAUUAAAAAUCUUUAGGAUAGUCCUUUUAAAGAGGUGUGAAUAUGGACAGUUCACUGUGCUAGUUAACUAUAUUUUGUGUUUGAAACUGUCAAGGGACGGAUGAUGUAAAGCCAUUUCGCCUUGGACAAGUGUUUCUUCAGUGAAUACGAUAAGUAGAAUUCUGUUUGAUAAAUCAAGGAUGGCAAAAGUUGACCUGAGUUCUUCUAAAACUUGAAGAUGAUUAGGAUUUGAGCCCUAAACGCAGCUGUGUUAAUGUAUCAUCAGCUAUUUUCAAAAGGAAAUGGAAAUUAAAAGUGUAAAACAUGACUUACA